AUGAUUGAGAGAGCCAUUGAGCUCGCUGAUCAAAUUGAUUACUAUUGCUCAAAGGAGAAGGACCUUAAGCUUGAUUCGCUUUCCGAACAAGACUGGGCUGAGCUGGAAAAAAUUUGCAACUUCCUCAAAUCAUUCACCGAUGCCACCAAGGCUGCAGAAGGUCACGCGCAUGCAAUCGAUCGAACGCUACCCAUAAUGGACUUCCUGCUUAGCAAAUUUGAGGCUGCACAAAUCGAGUACGCAGAUGACGCUUUUAUGGCGCCUUGUAUUGAUGCUGGAUGGGCGAAACUCGACGCAUAUUACACUCUUACAGAGCGGUCAUCUGCUUAUGUUGGAGCUAUUGUCCUCAGCCCUCAUCGUAAGUGGCACUACUUUGACACCGCCUGGGAAGAACAUCCUGAGUGGAUUGAGAGCAAUAAGACUGCCGUAGAAGAUCUCUGGAAGUCUCGUUACGCACCAGUCGCCAAGUCAGCGGAGUCGUCAGCCCAGUCCUUGGUUGAAAAGCCACUAGCGAAGAACUCGUGUCUGGCAUGGGAAGACGAACAUGAGGAUUCCGAGCUUCCUACCCUAUUCGACGAGUAUCAGAACUAUAUAUCAGCCCCAAGAAUCAAAGUCAAGGAUAUCUACUUCAUUCUCACACCUAAGCAAUAG